AUGCUGGACGAAAGUAUCAUUGCACCUCGCAACACCCUUCCAGGAAGCUCUGACGACUCCGCACCAGACUCAGCGCCAGUCUCCCGCCUAGCCAAUUUCAUCACCGCGGCGCUCUUGCUUACCAUCGUUGGUCAGCACAACACAAUGGACAUGACUGGCCAAGGUCAUAUUAUCCAUCUCUUUUCCAAAGCUUGUCGCAAUGAACAAUUCACAAGCGAACAACUUUCAUGCGUGAACCUUGGUCGCCGCAGUCUCAUCCACUUACUCGAUAACUCCCAUAAACCAGGCUCCGAGCUCGCUCAUCAGAUUGUGAAGCCCACUCCGUCCCAUCCGAUCACCAACAGCAUGAAUGUCCACCCGGCACCACCUUCCCCUCCAAAGUCCACGUUCUCACCGCUCUGA